UACGCACACAGGAUCACACCUCAGCACCAGAAACUGGUUCCUAAAAAAUCAGCAUUAAUUCCCAUCUUCUUCUUCGUCCAGCCACGCGCCUCCCGCGCGUGGGCGGUAAAGGUACAACUACGUCAGAAAAGCCUAUAGUGAAAAGGUACAACUGUAGAUAGUGGAAUCAAUGGAGAUAGCAGCAGCCAAUUGCAUCACCAACUCAUAACUAGAAAAUCUAACGCUCCUCACCACGCGCCGCCGUGUCCAAUGGGCGCCGAAGAACCGGUGGAUGAGAAAUCGGAGAGAGAGAAUGUGGAGAGAGAAGCGGAUUUGGAAAAGGGUGAGCUGAAUAUCCAGAAGGAAUCGGUGCAAACACUUCCCCCAAAUGCGAUUCACAUGUCGAGAAUGCAGCGAUUAAGCGCCACAAACCCCCUCCGCCUCGUCAUGGAUAAUGGCACGCGAGUCGCAUCUCCCUCUCCAGCUCGCCCCCCGCCGCCGCCGCGCGCCUCAGCUUCCCCUCCUCGUCCCCCUCCUCCAGUCGAGACGACGCCGCCACCGCCGCAAACGCAAUCGCAAUCGCGCUCAAUACACACUCCACAGCAGCAAUCGCCGGUGACAUUGAAUUCGAGGAAAUACACAAACAAAAUAUCUCUGUUUGUGUUCACUCUGCACACAGUGGCGGCGGUGUUGCUGGUGGGGUUUCUAAUAUACAGGGGGGUGAAGGGGCUAUUAGAAGAAGGCCAAGCGCGGCGGCGAGAGCAGCGCGUGCUGAAGUAUUUCCUCCCUCAGGUGGAGGCCGCCGCUCUCCUCAGCAUCACCCUCGCAUUCGUCUGGCAGAAGGCCGUCAGAGUGUGGCCUCACAUCAUGGUGCACUUCAUAAUUUGGGGCUCUUUCGCCCUAACCCUAACCACCGGAAUCCUCCUAAUCUGCUUCCAAACCCCCGCCACCGACGGCGUCGGCGUCCUCUACAUCGCCUUCGCUGUCGGCAACGGCCUCUACGCCUGCUGGGUAACGCAGAGAACCAGCUUCUGCUCCAAAAUCUUCGUCAAAUCGCUCGAGCCAGUCUCCAAAUUUUCUGAUCUAAACCAGCCGACUUAUUGGAUGCUCGGAGCCGGAUUCUGCUGGAUGUCGUUGUGGAUUUUCGCGGUCGUUGGGGCGUUGAACUUCCAUUUCCCGGCAUUGAUGAUAAUAGUUCUUGUUCUGAGCUUGGCUUGGACUGCUGAGGUGAUGAGGAAUGUAGCUAAUUUGACAGUUAGCAGAGUGAUUGCUCUGUACUAUCUUAGAGGAAUGCAAUCCAGCACCCAAUUCUGCUUCCAGAGAGCCCUGUCGAAUAAUCUCGGAAGCGCCUGUCUCGGAUCACUCUUCGUCCCAACCAUCGAGGCUCUGAGGAUCGUGGCCAGAGGGCUCAAUUUGAUAGAAGGGGAAGACGAGUUCAUGUUCUCGUGCGCGCAUUGCUGCCUCAGAGUGAUGGAGUCCAUCUUCCGGAGAGGCAAUGGCUGGGCAUAUGUGCACAUUGCAGCGUACGGGAAAGGGUUCGUGAAGGCGUCUCAGGACACGUGGGAACUCUUCGUGAAGAGGGAGAUGGGCGAGGUUGUGGACUCGGAUAUAACCACAGCCAUCUGCUUCCUCACAGGAGUGUGCAGCGGGGCAAUCUGCGCCAUCAUGGUGUCGUCGUGGACAUACGCCCUGGACGAUCGCGGUGCUAGCUACAUCGGGACGCUCGCGGUGCUAGCUACGUUGAUCGGUUACCUAAUGACUAGGAUUGCAAUGGCGUUGCCUCAUGCCUGCGUGAGCUGUUACUACGUCUGCUACGCCGAGAAUCCCGAGAAUCGGCUGUUCGAUCGGACCAUACCCGACCGGAUCGAUUUGAUCAAAUCAGGCCGCCUCGAAGCUGUCGUCCCGACGCCGAGGGUUCCGCGGAGAUUCCAAAGGUAGCCUAAUGUAAACAUUGAUCCAUUUUAUGUACAUAUUCUGCUGGCCUAAUGUAACAUUGAUUUUUAACUUAAGGUUGAUUUUGUGAGGCAUGAAUAAGGAUGUGUUAGACUUAGAUGUUGGAAUUUGUAGCAUAUUCAAUGUUGUUGUGUGGAGAUAGGUAUGCAAAAGAGAAUGAAUAAUAAUGGUGAAGAUGAAGUGAGUGCUUUAGAAAUGGUGGCCACAUCCACAUUGAGAUUUAUUCGUAUUAGUUUAACUUUAUGGGAUCAGAAAGAUGGGAUCUACUUUUUGGGAAAUAUACGAUGCGAUAUUGUGAGUUGUCCCACCAUCAAUAUUGUGUCUUUGUCUUAGUUUGGUUAGCCUAUUAUCUUAAUAGUUGAUGACAGGCUCACAGGCAUGGUGGGUUAUUGUAAAUUUGUAAUAUGUACAUAUAUACUAUAAACUGACAAAUGCUACAACAUGUUUAUUUGUUUA